AUGGCCAAAACAGGCCACCAAGUGUUCAUUAGUUUCAGAGGAGCAGACGUGCGAAAAAACUUCCUAAGCUUCCUUACAGACGGGCUAAAAAGGGCGUGCGUAAAUUACUAUGUCGACACUAAAGAGACGAAAGGUGAAGUUCUUGACAUCCUUCUUCAAAGGAUCCAAGAGUCGCGGCUCGUGCUGAUCAUCUUGUCCGAAAACUACAUGCAGUCGAAUUGGUGCAUCAAAGAGCUGCGCACGACGACUAAGGAUAUAACAGAGUCAAGAAGGAAGGUCAUCCCGAUCUUCUAUAAUGUCCAAGUCGCAGAUGUGAAGGACAAAUGGAAAGUUGGCGAACAAGCAGAAGGAGUAGAAGGAGAAGAGACAGUGGAAGAGAGGGAGAAAAACGUGAAGGAAGCUUUGAUGAUUCUUACGAGGCAUAUGGGUAUGAGAUCUGAUGAGUACGGUACUGACUGUGAAUUCAUAGAACAUAUCGUCAAGGAAGUAAAGAAAGUGUUAACCAGUAUCGAACAAGAGGAGAAGGUGAAGGCUUCCGUCAAUACUACGGUGAGAUCUGAAGGUGAGAAGCAGGAGGUGUCUUCGCUAACGGGGACAAACUUGCAGGAGAAGGAGAAGAGCUUGAGACAAAGGAAAAUGUUAAGUUAUUUGGGAUCACGCAACGUCUACAAAAGCUACAAGAGAAGUUAG